AUGCCCAUUUCUGUGGCACAGGCGUACGCUCAGAUUCUAGGCUGCGACUCUUGCACUUUGUCCCGAUAUCAAAUCUAUGCUUACCUGAAGCGACUUGGCUAUAUCGUACAGCGUGCCGUUCUAGUGGACAAAAUCCGGACGCCAGGCAUUCGCACCGGACCUGCCCCACGCCGCCGCUUGUUGCGUACCAUGCUUUUGUGGAUUAUAUCUCGGCUGACUCGAUGGAUCACCUCGAUCCUGUAUCUCUUUCGGCUCGUUGCGCGCCACAUUCGAAGCAAGCCACGAGGUCUACUGGGCAUUCGUCCCCUCGAUCCCUAUGAUUCUAUCUUCCAAAAGCUCCAAAUUGUGUCAACUGGAUGCAACAUUACCCCGUCGUCGCAGCAAGAGCACCUGGCUCCGUUCUUUUAUGCAUGGCGACCAGCAACAAAGUUUAAGCGUACUCAGCCCCCGCCACCCGAAUUUCGCAUUUGUGUGCUGGAAACCGACAAACACCCAAUGUUGCAUGUCGGUGACUUCGAGACGCUCUUUUCCCAUGUGCCACUCAGUGCCUCUGGCGAUGUGGAUGAGGCAGAGCUCUCCGAGAUCCGGGAGCAAAAUAGUCGGGCAUACGGCAAACAACGCAAAGUUCGCGCCAAGCCAGUAAAGUCGAGGAGGUCGACCCACUUUGGGUCUGCGUGGCAACGACUCGAGUGGCUGCUCCAGGUUCUUGUCACCAUGUUGCAGCGCUUGUACACGCAUGGGCAUGCUGCGAAGAGUCGCACUCCCACACUUUCACGACCUACCAAUGUGUACAUACCCCUCAAGGCUGGACGGCGCAGCGUCGUCGUCGCUAUUGUCGACCAAGGCACCACUUCCCUCCUGCGCUUUGGCGAGGCCGAGUUUGCUCGAUGGCGGCUUGCUGGAGAAGGGCGCUAA